AUGACAGAAAAAUCCAACGGUGUGAAGAGCUCCCCAGCCAAUAACCACAACCAUCAUGCACCCCCUGCCAUCAAGGCCAAUGGCAAAGGUGACUGCAGGACCAGCAGCAGGCCACAAUCUGCAGCCGAUGAUGACACCUCUUCAGAACUGCAGAGGCUGGCAGAGAUGGAUGCCCCCCAGCAGAGAAGGGGUGGCUUCCGCAGGAUUGUCCGCCUGGUGGGCGUCAUCAGAGAGUGGGCCAACAAGAACUUCCGUGAAGAGGAACCUAGGCCGGACUCAUUCCUCGAGCGUUUCCGUGGGCCUGAGCUCCAGACUGUGACGACGCAGCAAGGGGACAGCAAAAGCAGCAAGGACGGCGAGGGCAAGGGCACCAAGAAGAAAUUUGAACUACUUGUCUUGGACCCGGCUGGGGACUGGUACUACCGCUGGCUAUUUGUCAUUGCCAUGCCUGUCCUCUACAACUGGUGCCUGCUGGUGGCCAGAGCCUGCUUCAGUGACCUACAGAAAGGCUACUACAUAGUGUGGCUGGCGCUGGACUACUUCUCAGAUGUGGUCUACAUCACAGACAUCUUCCUCCGAUUGCGCACAGGUUUCCUGGAGCAGGGGUUGCUGGUCAAAGAUCCCAAGAAGUUACGGGACAACUACAUCCACACCCUGCAGUUCAAGCUUGAUGUGGCUUCUAUCAUCCCAACGGACCUGAUCUAUUUUGCAGUGGGCAUCCAUAGCCCUGAAGUGCGCUUUAACCGCCUGCUGCACUUUGCCCGCAUGUUUGAAUUCUUUGACCGCACUGAGACACGCACCAGCUACCCCAACAUCUUUCGCAUCAGCAACCUGGUCCUCUACAUCUUGGUCAUCAUCCACUGGAAUGCCUGCAUCUACUAUGCCAUCUCCAAGUCCAUUGGCUUUGGGGUUGACACCUGGGUUUAUCCCAACAUCACUGACCCCGAGUAUGGCUAUUUGGCUAGGGAAUAUGUCUACUGCCUUUACUGGUCUACACUGACCCUCACCACCAUUGGGGAGACACCACCCCCCGUAAAGGAUGAGGAGUAUUUAUUUGUCAUCUUUGACUUCCUAAUUGGUGUCCUCAUCUUUGCCACCAUUGUGGGAAAUGUAGGCUCCAUGAUCUCCAACAUGAAUGCCACCCGAGCCGAAUUCCAGGCCAAGAUCGAUGCUGUCAAACAUUACAUGCAGUUCCGCAAGGUCAGCAAGGAGAUGGAAGCCAAGGUCAUUAAGUGGUUUGACUACCUGUGGACCAAUAAGAAAACUGUAGAUGAGCGGGAAGUUCUCAAGAACCUGCCAGCCAAGCUGAGGGCUGAGAUAGCCAUCAACGUCCACCUGUCCACACUCAAGAAAGUGCGUAUCUUCCAGGAUUGCGAGGCUGGCCUGCUGGUGGAGCUGGUGUUGAAGCUCCGUCCUCAGGUCUUCAGCCCUGGGGAUUACAUUUGCCGCAAGGGGGAUAUUGGCAAGGAGAUGUACAUAAUCAAGGAGGGCAAGUUGGCAGUGGUGGCUGAUGAUGGUGUCACUCAGUAUGCACUGCUCUCAGCCGGAAGUUGCUUUGGAGAAAUCAGUAUCCUUAACAUCAAAGGCAGCAAAAUGGGCAAUCGACGCACAGCCAAUAUCCGCAGCCUUGGUUACUCAGAUCUCUUCUGCUUGUCCAAGGAUGAUCUUAUGGAAGCUGUGACUGAGUACCCUGAUGCCAAGAAGGUUUUGGAGGAGAGAGGCCGGGAGAUCCUGAUGAAGGAGGGGCUGCUGGAUGAGAAUGAAGUGGCAGCCAGCAUGGAGGUGGAUGUGCAGGAGAAGCUAGAGCAGCUGGAGACCAACAUGGAGACUUUGUACACUCGCUUUGGCCGCCUGCUGGCUGAGUACACGGGGGCCCAACAGAAGCUCAAGCAGCGCAUCACGGUUCUGGAAACCAAGAUGAAGCAGAACAGUGAAGAUGAUUAUCUGUCAGAUGGGAUGAACAGCCCAGAGCCAGCUACUGCUGAGAAGCCGUGA